UACAAAACCCGUGUUCGGCUCAAAUAUAGUGAGCGACCAGUGGAAAUGUUAUUUUCAGUAUUUCUUCGGUUACUAUAGAGGUUGGCUGGGUCGUCUGGUGUGCAAUCUGUGUUGAUCAGUGAUUUAAGAGUGGCAGAUGCUAGACGGCAUUGUAGGCUCAGCAUCCCAACCAGAUGGAUCUUGACUUUCUUCUUUUCCUACUCAACACUUUCCUAGUCCAGUUCUAAGAUUAACCAGAUGUCUUGUCUCUUUGUCGCUUUUAAUCUCUAACUCGAGACGUUACAGCAGGGGAUCAAGUCUGAGCGCUUCUAUGUAAUGAGUGCGGUGCAUAGUCGGUAUUAUUACUAUUGAUUACCCAGUGCAUGGAUCAACCUGAUAUAAGGGCCUGAGUUGAUAUUAAAUGAAGUGAUCUCGCAGUUUCCCCUAGCAAUAAGUGCGGUGUGUAUCUUUAGCGUGUUAUCUAAAGAUAGCAGGGUGAUAGUAAAAAAGUGCGCGAUGCAGGAAGAAUCGGUUUUGUCGGAGAUAAGUAGUGAGGCUGCUACGGCAGCAACGUCUUUCCGGGAUGUCGUUUUGAGUAUGAGUGAAACGAAAAGUGGUUUAGUGGCUCGGCGUCCAACAGAUUUGAGUUUGAAAAUUAUUAAAGAUGGAAGCGAAUCAGUUAGCACCGAGCAACAAUCACCGAAAACGAGAAUAACUGAACCCACGCCUAUAGCAGCAUCUAAAUCCAGCAAAUAUGUCAAAAGUCAUGACCUAGCCUUCAAAGAUCUACAAUAUCGAGUGAAAAGUGGAUUUCUCAAAUCAGAAAUCAAAACCAUUUUGAAGGGAAUAUGCGGAAAUUUCAAAGCUGGCGAUUUAACGGCAAUUAUUGGUCCGUCAGGUGCUGGUAAAAGUACACUCCUUAAUAUUCUUUCUGGAUAUACUACACGAAAUAUCCAAGGGGAAAUUACAGUCAACGGGUCACCUCGGGAGCUGAAAAAGUUCUAUACACAAUCCGCCUACAUAAUGCAAGACACAGAACUCCAACAAUUCUUGACUGUCAUGGAAGCUAUGCACUUUUCUGUUAAUUUAAAAGUUGGUGACCAGCUUGGACGUUCAGCGAAGAAAGAACGAAUAAAACGCAUUUUAGAGGCUAUAGGAAUGUAUGAGACUCGACAGACUGAAAGCGGACAUCUCUCGGGCGGACAAAAGAAACGAUUAUCAGUUGCUCUAGAACUAGUCACAAACCCACCAAUUAUGUUUUUAGAUGAACCCACCAGUGGCUUGGAUAGCUCAACUUCCACACAACUUAUCUCUCUAUUGAAAAAGCUGGCAGAUGAAGGACGUACUAUUAUCUGUACAAUUCAUCAACCAUCAGCACUAAUGUUCCAAAUGUUUGAUCAUCUGUUUGCUAUCGCUGAUGGCCAGUGCAUUUACACAGGGUCAACAAGCAAUCUUGUGCCGUUUUUAUCGGAAUUAAAUUUAAAAUGCCCGGAGUCAUAUAAUCCAGCUGAUUACCUUUUAGAAAUCGCCACCAAUGACUACGGACCGCAGAAUCCUCGUUUGGUGAAAAAACUCGAAAACGGUCUUCUCGAAACCUACAGGAAGAAACCGGGGAAUGUUACAGCUCAAGUAGAUGCCAUGCAGGCUGUCGAGCAAAUGAUGGAAGCUGGUCUUAUGACGCCAGUAACAGCCCCAAUUAUAGAAACAACUCUAUCCACUCCAAUGGCAACUAUAGAGGAAGAAAUUCCAGCUGCUGCGUGGGGUAGUAAGGAGAUGACCAGUGGCGGUUGCUUUGUUGAACUGGAAUCGAAAAAAGACUGCAGGAAGAAGAAGAAGAAACUUAGUAUACAAAUAGAUCCUAGUAAAUUGUGCCCGCACGAGAGUCGAUAUAUGUCGUCGUUUUCGAAUCAGCUCAUCCUCUUGCUGCAGCGGACCUUCCUGAUUUUAUGGCGAGAUAAAUCACUGACUAGAUCGCGGAUAAUAAUCCAUGCCCUGAUGGGAACCUUUGUUGGCAUUUUGUAUUAUGGAAUUGGAAAUGAUGCAUCGAAUAUGCUUAAUAAUUUUCGUUAUAUCUUCUUUUCAAUUAUGUUCUUGAUGUAUACGUCAUUUAGUUCGAUCAUACUCAAUUUCCCAUUAGAAUUUCCCAUGGUGUCUCGAGAACAUUUUAAUCGAUGGUAUUCCUUGCGAGCUUACUACAUGGCGCUGACAUUGGCUGAUAUACCGAUCCAACUCAUCUGUACCUUGAUAUUUGUUGUGAUAUCAUAUGUUUUGACGAAUCAACCCCUUGAAAUUUAUCGGUUAGUCCUUUUUUUUGGAAUGACAGUCAUGGCUUCUUUAGUGGCGCAAAGUAUCGGAUUGGUUGUAGGCGCUACAUUUAAUGUAAAGAACGGUGCCAUAUUCGGACCCUUCUUCAUCAGUCCGUUUCUGAUAUUCUCUGGAUUUUUUGUCCAGAUGCGUGACGUUCACGAAUUAAUGCAUUGGUUAUUUCACAUAUCAUUUCUCAAGUACGCACUGGAAGGGUCAUCCCUCGCCAUAUUUGGAUACGAACGGUCAAAACUCGAUUGCAACGAGAUAUUCUGUCAGUACGUGAGACCGAAUCGUUUUCUUCAGGUGAUUGGAAUGGAAGACGGAAGUUACCUAUUCGCGACAGCAGCUUUAACUUUUAUAUUUGUGAUGCUAAGACUCAUUUCUUUCUACAUAAUGUCGUACAGACUCCGAAUGAGUAGAUAAUGGGCUGCUUGUGGAGCAGUCAGUAGUAUUUAUUUGAAAAGAUUGUUUUCCCGUUUUGUUUUUGUUUAAAAGAUUAAAGAUCUAUCAUCACCGCAUAGUUACCAUUAGAUGAUAAAGUAUAAUUGAAGUAACCAAGAAACCGAACCAAAUUUUUUACAAGAUUACCAACAUCAACAUUCCUACUUGUUGUAGAUAGCCAUUCUUAUGCGCCAUUUGAUAAUUUUCUAAUUACAUACAUAUAGUAUACAUACUACAUACACUUGUAUUUCGAGGUGAUUAUAUGUUACAUUUAUUGCCAUGUGAUGAGGACACCAAGCACGUUAGGAGUUAAGAUUAAAUAAAUAUGAUAAUUUGUUACUGAAUAAAGUGCCCUGCGGGUACCUGUUUUCUAUAAGA